GUCCUCUCUCAUCAUGGCAACUGUAAUCAAGAUUAAAUUUGGAGACACACUCAGGCGCAUCUAUGAGGAAGAUCUUCUAGAUUUUGACAUGGACAUGUUGAGGGAGAAGAUCUGCAUCCUCUUCGGUCUAGAUCUUGAUGCUGAUUUUACACUCACUUACAUCGAUGAGGAUGGAGAUAUAGUCACUCUUUGUGACGACAAUGAUCUCGAUGAUCUUGCGGCUCAAUCUCUGAAUCCACUAAGGAUGACUGUAACAUUGAAUCCUAAAUCUUCUCUUACAUCAACACAAGACCAACUUCAAAUCAAUUCCUUGAACUCUGCGGUUUCUUUGAUCUUGAAAUUUGUGCCAGAGCGACAACAUAAUGCACUUUUGAAGCUUUUGCUUGACGUUGCAUGGGAAAACAUAAUGGGUGAUCAACAGGGAUUGAAGAUUGAAGAAGCAUCUGACGCAUUAUUACCAUGUAAAGACGGAAGCUCAUACUCAAACAACGAAGCUUUGCAGGUUGAAACGGUGAAGAAAGAUGGAGUUCUUGAAAAUGUACAUCUUAAUGUUAUUCCUUAUUCUGAGUCUAAAACUGUUAAAGGCUCUGAUGCUGCAUCUUCACAUGAUGACAAUGCCAAACUGAGAAAAUCCGUUGAUUUUGAGACUUGUGUAAACCUUAACGAAUGCCCAUUCAUCGGGAUGCCUCUAUCUAAUGACUCAAUCGUGCAUUCAUGUCCUUGUGGGACUUGUGUCUCUCCUCUUAAGAAGGGCUAUAUCGAUAGUAAAGGCUUAGGCACUCUAACAAUCCAUGAGGAUAUUACGUGUAAUGGGUGUGGAGUUUGUCCCAUAAUUGGACCCCGAUUCAUAUCAAAAUCGAAUAUUAUUGUUGAUCUGUGUUGCACUUGUUUCGAGAAAACGGGACAUGAUGCUGCCGAUUACGUCAGAAUGGAUCUCUCUCCGACUUCUUUUUUCAGUGACAAGUCUCCUGUUGUGUGCAAUGACAAAUUAGACCCAGAAGUCGAAGUUGUGAAUACCAAUAUGGAUCAAGACAAUGAAGUUUGUGAAAAGAAACCUAUUGGAAUUGUGAGCUCCUCUAAUAGUGUUGCAGUUCCAUCAAAACUGGUGCAGUUGGAACCAAUUGGUUCGAAUCAAGGAUUUUCAUGAUCCAAGAGUACCUACUGUUCAUUGGUAGGUUGGAAUGAGGGUUAUAAAUUAAUAAAAUAUCUUCAAGACUCGAUAGUAUUUUUCAGUUUAGUAGCUUCGAACCUUUUUAUGGUGUGUUUUUUUUAUGCGCCACGUUUAGUAAGUAUUAGUAAGUAGGUAUUUUUAUAUAGUUUGGUUAUGUCUUUAAUCCUAG